AUGGUAUGCAGCAAUUUCAUAAGGAGUGUCAUUGUUCAGGCUGGUCAUUUUGGGGUGUUUGCUCAAGGAAGACAGCAGUUUAGCCAUAUUAAGAAGACCUUGAGUGUUGGUUUCGGAUUUAGAACUAGUGCAAAGAUGAUGGUAGAUUCUUCUGCAGGAGAGAAACGAGUGUCUAUAGUUGAUAUGCCGCCUGAGAAAGUCGAUGAUGGUGGAUACAUCGGUGGUGGGUGGAAAAAUGACGAUGGAAGCUUGAGCUGUGGGUACUGUAGUUUCAGAGGGAAAAGAUCUACGAUGGAAGACUUCUACGAUGUUAAAGCUUCCAAGAUUGAAGGCCAAACAGUUUGCAUGUUUGGAAUAUUUGAUGGUCAUGGUGGUUCACGUGCUGCUGAGUACCUGAAGGAACACCUCUUUGACAAUCUUAUGAAGCACCCACAGUUUAUGACAGACACCAAGUUGGCACUAAGUGAAACAUAUAAACAAACUGAUGUAGCAUUCCUUGAGUCGGAAAAAGAUACUUACAGAGAUGAUGGCUCCACAGCAUCUACUGCUGUCUUGGUGGGGAAUCAUUUGUUUGUUGCAAAUGUUGGAGACUCAAGGACAAUAGUUUCUAAAGCUGGGAAAGCGAUUGCACUAUCUGAUGAUCAUAAGCCAAAUAGAAGUGAUGAAAGAAAGCGAAUUGAAAGCGCGGGAGGUGUUAUCAUGUGGGCAGGAACAUGGAGGGUAGGUGGGGUCUUGGCAAUGUCCCGGGCCUUUGGUAAUCGAAUGCUGAAGCAAUUCGUUGUUGCUGAACCCGAGAUACAAGAUAUAGAGAUAGAUCACGAAGCUGAGUUUCUUGUGCUUGCAAGUGACGGUUUAUGGGAUGUGGUACCGAAUGAGGAUGCGGUUUCCCUUGCUCAGAGCGAGGAGGAACCCGAUGCAGCUGCCCGCAAGUUAACCGACACUGCCUUCACCCGUGGCAGCGCAGACAACAUCACAUGCAUUGUUGUUAAAUUCCGACCUGAUAAGACUGAAUCUCCCAAAAGUGAACCAAGCCCCAAUGCUGAACCGGAGCCUGAACCAAACCCCAAUGCUGAAAUGGAACUUGAAUCAAACCCCAAUCCUGAAUUGGAAACCGUAUCAAACCCCAAAUCUGAAGCGGAACCAGAGCCCGAAACAAAACCAGAGCCGAAACCGGAAACUGAAGCAGAGACCAAGGCUGAGAAAGCGGGUGAGUAA